AAAGGCUCGAGUGGACAUUACUGUUUGUUAUUGAGAUUGGGCCAGGUGUUGGUUGGUUUGGUCUGGGACGGGGAGGUGCGCCACCCAGUGGUGAGUUCUCCAUGGCACUUUCAGCAGCUGCAGAAACACMGUGUCUCUGAGCGUGGAGGCGUGCAGCUGGUGCCGACGGUUUCGGUUGGGGUGGAUGUGCGUUCCUGACUUGUUACCACAUCUCCAACUCCAAGCCCAYCCUUUGCUGCACAUCUGUACCACUGCUGUACCAACUCAAUAAAGAGAGAUUGCAAAGAAAUCCCAUCUACAGUUUGUCCUGAUCGACACACAGUGGCGAGUGUAAAUAUCCCACCAGCCUUAACUUCAGAGUAGAUCCUCACCUACAAUUUUGGUCCUUCGAGCCGGAUCAGGACACUUACCACUGUUCAGCAUGCAGACCAGCCAAGAAGCAACAGUUAGACCGAAGCGGCAAACACGCCCACCUUCAUAUUUACAGGAUUAUGAAACCAGUUAUAUGGGGCUUCAUCUUCAGCCUUCAUUUGAUUAUGGAGGUGUACAAGCUGGUACUGGAUGCUAUGAUAGCUCGUAUUCACCAGAAGAGGGAGCUGCCAAGAUGACACCCCUCACCCCCYCAUCUAGUACACCACGAUGGCCCAACAGUCAAUGGGAAAUCACGGUAGAUGAGUGGGUUGGUUCCCCAGAACAGAGAGUUACUGAACCACAGCGGUGGAAGAGCUUAUCAGAAGAGGACUUCARAGAUUAUUCUGCAUCUUCACACCCCAGACAGUUAAUGCAGACCUCCUCACUAUACCGCUCAGAGCUGGAGCUGUUAAGAAGACAGAGAGCUGAAUUUGAGCAGUCUAAAAAGGCAGUGCGUGUUGAAUUGGCUGAACUCAGAGAAUUAAAGGAAGAAAUGAAGAGGAGGAUGGGACCUCCCAAGCAGAGCACAGCCACUGUCCAGCAGAGGUUUGGAGUCCCACCACCAGCAUAUGYACCACCACCACCUCCAACACAGCUGGCGAACAAUGAGGAGGAGGAGGAAUGGCCYGAUCCUCCACCAUGGCCUGAAACAAGAGAGGAAUUUGAGCCUUCUCCACCAUCCCAGCCAGUUCUGACUAUGUUGGAGAAGCUGAUGAGUGAUCUACAGCUCAUAAAGAAUCAGAGUCAGAGCAUGAUGCGUCAAAGUAAGCCUCCUUUUGCACCACAUCAUACAGCUUAUGUUAGUAACAGUAACGUGGAGGUGCAACAAGGAAAGAUGAGGCACAGCGAUACCAGAUAUCAACCGCCAUCUCACCCUCCUCAUAUYGGAGUAGGAAGACAACAGUUMCRUGGACCUACCACUACRCAAGAGGAGAUGCUGACAGAURUUCAUGGGUCACCAAGGGCAGAAUGCUUGGAAUCAACAACAGGUUUGCAUCCUCCUUCGACCUUACCAGUUYUCACUGAACAAACCUAUCGAGGUCCUAGGCCAAGCAUUCCCUACUUUGCCAGACGAGACCCCAGCGACUUUGCUCGGCUAAAGAUUGCCUUAACUAAUCUGUUACCUCCUGAUGGGACAGAGCUGUUCAAGUACCAAAUCCUGGUGGAUCACCUCAAACUUGAGGAAGCCAAACUCAUCGCAGAUUCUUAUUUGAACUCCGCCACACCAUACUCGGACACUAUGGAGACGGACCAAGUCAGUGAGGAGCGACCCAGAGACUCGGAGAGAGUGAGAGAUAAUGAUAAAACGGGCUGUUUUAGCCCCAAGACGGCAAUGACUCAUCCAAUCACGCAUCCUGACUCACUGCCGCCCGGAUACAACCCCGGCCUCGGGAAGUCUUCGGUCACCGUGGUUACGGGGCACAUCCGGGUUGGGUCGGCUGUUAUUUCGGUGCGUGGCCGGCGGGGAGACGAGCUGACAGACUCUGAAUGA